GCACUGCGCGGUGGACAUGCGCGGAGCUGCAGCGAAUAUGGCGGCUUGCAUCUGAUAGAAAGUGAGGAAUCUCCCAUCAAAAUACCUUGUUCAAACGCGUCUGUGUAGGUAAAAGCCUGUCUGACUUCACCUCCUCUGCAGCAGCACGGUUAACUUUGGUCAUCAUGGGCCGAACACCACACAGGGAUCAAAAAGAGGAGAAGGAGAGACGAAGCAGCAUCACAGCAGGCUCUGCCCUCGACAAAUCUAAUGAACCGUUCAGUUGGGAAGACUAUCUGAGAGAAACGUCCUCUGUCGCAGCGUCGCCGACUUGUUUCAAACAGUCCAGAGUGCCCCCCUCCAAUGACUUUAAAGUUGGUAUGAAACUUGAGGCACGGGACCCUCGCAACUCUAACUCUGUGUGCAUUGCAACGGUGAUGGGCAUGAUGGGUACUCGUCUACGCCUCCGUCUGGACGGUAGUGACAACACCAACGACUUCUGGAGACUGAUAGACUCGUUAGAAAUUCAGCCAAUAGGAACCUGCGAAAGGACCGGAGACAUGCUGCAGCCACCGCUGGGUUUCAGGAUGAAUGCCUCCUCGUGGCCUAUGUUCCUCCUGCGGACGCUGAGUGGAGCAGAGAUGGCUCCAGCCUCUGCUUUUAAAAAGGAACCAGCCAUCCCUGCUAAAAACUACUUCCAGCCAGGUAUGAAACUGGAGGCAGUGGACAGGAAGAACCCCUAUCUGAUUUGUCCCGCCACAGUUGGAGAGGUCAGAGGUCAGGAGAUUUUUGUCAUGUUUGACGGCUGGCGAGGUGCCUUUGACUAUUGGUGCGCCUUCGACUCCAGAGACAUCUUCCCCGUUGGCUGGUGUGCUCUGACAAAACACAGCUUACAGCCGCCUGGAAACUUCUUUACCCUCCCCGGUGCUCUCCUUGCUCCUGUUUCCUCCACCUCAACCUCCCUCACCACACGUCGUUCCUCUUCCAACUCCUCCUCCUCCAUGCAGGCCUCAUACCGACUGCCCAACCCCUUGCCACCCCUCCCUGUGCGCAAGGGUGUCCGAGGUCGUCGUCCCAAAUCCCAGACUAUUGCUUUGUUAAAGGCAGCGGCUGAGGCUGCAGCGGCAGCAGCAGUAAAUGGAGCACCACAGAGCCCUGCCAGAACUGGCCCUGAAUCUCAACUGGCCCCCAGACCACACAAGAAGAGAGGACCCAAGCCUAAGAGCAAGAAGAAGCCUCGGGUGGUGCAGUCUCUUGGGGCACCAUCUGUUAUAGCGCCACCUCCAGAGACCAGACUUAGCUCCAGCCACGUCUCAAUAGACAACAACCAUAGCAACAGCUCCAGUGUGGUUUGCACAGUGUGUGUCUAUGUGAACAAGCACGGUGACUAUGGCCCGCACCUUGACCGAAAACUAGUGCAGCAGCUCCCGGACCACUUCGGUCCUGCUCCAGUCAACACAGUGCUUCAGCAGGCGGUUCAGGCAUGCGUGGACUGUACGUACCAGCCCUCUGUGCUGCUGUCGUUCCUACAGAGCCAGUCCCACACAGGAGGAGAGGUCAUCAGAGUUCGGUCAGAGCAUGGUAUCCGCUACGUGAAGCUGCCUUCCGCCUCCAGUACGUCUUCUGUGCUGCGGUUUCUGGAAAACAUGUGCCAACAUCUGGAAAGUGACAGUCUGUUCAGCUCGCAGCCGUUCAGCCCCUUCAACAACAGCACACGCUUCUACAACAGGACCAAGUCAGAACCACUGUCUCACACUGAGAAUGGUGUGUCCAAAGACGAUUCCUCAAAGGAUCCCGUGCCAAACACCCGCUCCCUUCACACCGCACCAGACUACAGAGCAGCAAAGAAGGAGCGGCAGUAUUACCCUGGACAGACACAAACACCGCCACCCCUACGACGCGUCAGCUCCAACCCAACUGACACAAUUGGCACAAUGUGUGCACACAGACGAGUGGAGGCAGCUAGCUCAACAACAGGCCCAGACCAUAUGAAACAGGACAAGGAGGGUUCAGGGAACGACGCUUCUGCCUGGUCAGUUGAUGAUGUCAUACGGUUUGUCCAAGAGGCUGAUCCCCAAACUCUUGGCCCACAUGUUGAGCUGUUCAGGAAACAUGAGAUUGAUGGCAAAGCUCUGAUGCUGCUGCGGAGUGACAUCAUUAUGAAGUACAUGGGAUUGAAGCUGGGCCCGGCACUCAAACUCUGUCAUCACAUCGAGAAGCUGAAGCAGACCAAACAAUAGAGGAUGAAGGCACUCUUUUUUUUUCUCUCACUGGCAACCAAACACACAAACACAUAAUUCUACAGGGAUGUAGUGCAGUGUAGAUCCACCCAAACCAGGGUUGUAGCUACUAUUGAUGGGGACCCUGAGGUCAAGUCCUCCAGAAUUUGGGGGAGUUUUAUUUUUAUUUUCAGGGAGUUUACAGAUUAAAACAUACACAUGAUGAUAAUUUUUCUAAAAGGAUUCCAAUAUUUUUAGAAUCAAGCUGUUUAAAUGACUACUUUUUGGCCAAUAAAUAAAUAUAAUUUUAGGUAGCAUUUAGUCUGUGAUGCUGUGAAAACAGAAAGUAUAACUGAACAGGUAGCUAAUAUAAUAUGAAAAAUCCAUUUAAUUAAAAUUAUUUGACAUCUUCAGUGGACAUAUGACCUCAGUCUUUCUAAAAUUAUGGCCAUGGCCCUGAGCUGAACACUCUUUUUUUAUUUACAGACCAUUGUUUACUUACACAAUACAUUAAUUCAUCAUUUGAAUAAGUGUAAUUAGUAUCAGAUAUCUGAACAUAGGCAUGAUUUUUGUUCAUGUUUGUGUCUUUUUGCCUUAUUAUGGACAACUGGAGGCCAUCGUUUUAAUUUACUUAUACAUUUCCACUUUUAGACACAGAGACAUACGCUGUAGGUUUUGCAGCUUUUUCUCUUUGGAUAUCUGACUGUUUCAUUUUUUUCCUUGGUCAGAAUUUCAGGAUGGACGCCCUGCACUCCAGAUUGGGAAAGUUAGUUCAGGUACUGGCAGAGAACGUCUCACUGCCUCAUUUCUAACAAUGCAAUAAAGCUUCUGAAUGACUGCGUCUGUUACGGACUGUCAAUUGUAGUUUAUGCAAGCCAGUGAAUGUAUGAAGUCAUGAGCAUUAUUACUAGCAGGAACUAAACAACAGGAGUGCCCCAGUUACAGGAAGUGUUGAAGGGUUUCAUUCCAAAUGUUGGAAAAGUCAUCUUGUUCCCUGAAGUCAGUCAUUACAUGAAUGAUUCCUGUCCUGAAACGCGGAUGUAUUUUUUGACGAAGGUCAUGCAUUAUGUUUGGCGGAGCGGGCAUCACUUCUAUUUAAAUGGUGGAUAUUUUAUCUAGGAAGAAUCAGUUUUGAUUCUGCAGGGCAGGCUGUAGAUGUACAAAAUCAGUUAUUGAAGAGAUAUUUCUCUUUUUAUUUGUGUCUGUUUUGUGUGCUGGAAGACAUUCAGGCUCUAUGGUUUCAGCUUGAGCCCUGACGUAGCUACAUGAUUGUACUAUGCUUUGACAGUCACACUAUAAACCACACACACGAGAUAUACACAUACGAUGACUGGAAUACUCUACGUGUUGACAUUAAAAUAAAGACAAGGCUAUUAAAAGUCUAGUUUGAGUGCUGUACAGAACGUUAAAGUGCUUCUGAGAGAGUACAUAAGGGAGAAACUUUUGUAUAAAGUCAAGCCAAAUGGUUGUUUUUUGAUAUCAUUUUGUACUGUAACAAAGUGUAUCAACCUGUAUCAAGCGUAAGUGUAAUCAUUUUUUUUCUGCCUGAAAUAGUUUUUGUGUGCAUCAUCAAAUAACUACCUACAGGACGAUGUUGUGUCUGAGUAAUUAUUCACGUCUCAGAAGUAUUUAUCUGUUUUCGAUGGCAGAAAUACAAAUUUUCUGAACAUUUCAGAACCAUUUUCAACCAAAUCAUGUGUAGCUGCAUUUCAUACUGUUGCUCUCCUGUAGUGGAAACAAGUUGAUACUUGAAACCGUCUUGCUUUAAUGUGAAACUCAGGUUUUAGUAGGUUGUUUCUUAGAAGAUGUUUUACAUCAUUAGCAUUUUGUUUUCAUUACUACAACAUAGAGGGACUGCACAAUAACCAACUAUGUAUAUUUUUAUGCCUUGUCAUCUAUCGCUCUGCAGCAUUUCAUGUGUAUAUAUAUAUAUAUACGACUUUUUACUGUACGUUCAACAAAAGAUGUUUGUUAAAUAUGUUUGAUAUGCAUUCACACAAUUAAACAUUUGUUUACAUCA